CAACACGCUCCUUCCCCGUCAUAAUAAAGUCGCCUUGGGACGCCUCAUUGGUAGGUAAAACAACAUUUUGAUGUCCGUGGAGUCACUUCUGCUCUCUUGUUGUCGGACAUGAAUGAAACUAGGGAGAUGCGCCCCCGAAACUGUCAAUCCUAGUAGCUGUCUUUCCAUCGACACCAUUGUAUUUCAUCGUGUUUCAACUCGUACUUGUCAUGGACGAGGUCAGCAAUGUGGUUCCCCAAUUGAAAGACAUUGAGACGAAAUUGGGUCGCAAAGUUCCGGAAAGUCUCAUUCGCUGCCUUGCUGGAGGAAAACACGACAAUAAUGCUACAUCAGCACCAGAGCGUGCAGGUUAUGGGAAGAGUCUAUCAAGUUCUACGGAUUUUAAACGCUUGGAGACCAAAAUGCUUCUUCUCAAACAAGAAAUGGCCAACUUGCGCGCCAUUGACGUCAAGCUAAUGCAUCAGCUCUUGUCCAUCAAUGAGGGCAUCGAGUCAAUCCGCUGGAUGAUCGACGACAAGGGGAGCGUGGCCAGCCAAGAGGGCAGCCUGUCAAGCAGUCUGUGCAGCCUGUCCGACAGCCAGGACGGUGCCUCUCUUGGAGGUAGCCUCGGAAGCUUGAACGACGUUAACAGCGAUGGCCUAGACACUCUAUCCGUGGGCAGCUAUCUAGACACACUUGCUGAAGAUUUUCCUGAAGACCCUUCGCCCUCCAACCUGGACUGUUUGGUGGAUACAUCCGUAUUAGAUGGCAACACCUUCAGCAAAUCACCGCUAAAACUAAGAGUGGAAUCCGAUGAAUACUACUGUUUUGGUUGAUAACGACACUAGCAAAGAUAUCUAAAAACCUUUUGUUUGGUCUUUUUAUUUUUUUUAAAUUAACAAAUGCUCGCUUAACUUGCCCGUGUGACUUUUUUUGUCCUAUGAAUCCUGUCACAUGCCACACCUCACCGAACUACUUAAGGUCACACCCAAACCUCUUUGCCUUUUCUACUCUUUGUUUUAAUGGUAGUCUUGCUUGUCGGGUGCUCAAAGCAUAUUUAAUGACUUAAUUUAUUCAGUACUGUACAUACAGAGUAGUAGAACACCUUGCUCUUCAGCAGACCAGGGGCUUUUGUUCCUUUGAUUGUUUAUUUUUACAAUUUAGGAACUUGCAGUACUGUACCUGUAUUGCUUUAGCCUUGGAAAAGGUACUUUAUCGUUAUGACUAACUCCACCAUUUAGAAAUGGAUUAUUUUUUGGUUGUGCCCUCAAAUUUACUACUUUUAGAUAAUUGGCUAUUAACUUUGGGAAAGUGUUAAGAGGUGUGCUUUACAGUUCUAUGGUUAGUCCAGCAUUGUAAACAUUUCCAAAUGACGAACCUUUCAGGGAGACAAUGGUUUAUUUCUUUGGACGUAUGCUCAUAGUUAGCUUUGUACCGUUGACACUUCCUUUUAAUCUGGUAAAAAAAAAAAGUACCUCAGAAUCUAGUCAUUACUCUAAAGGAGUUGAAAUUUUAUGACAAAUUCAACCUUUUAAGAAUUACCAUGGUUUGUUUUUGUGUGAAAGCACUGGUACGUUGAAAGUUACUACUUUUGGAGCUUUGACACAACAAUUUCGGAACAUACUGUACUUGUAUACCUUGAGCCUCAAAAAAUGAGUUUUACAGUCCAAACAUAUGCCCUGAUUACUGUAUGUUGGAAUCCAAUGAUUUUUUAAAACACAAAUUCAACCAUCAAAAAGCACAAUGAAUUGUCGAAAUUACUACUUUUGGUCAUUUGACUGUUGACUUCAAACCUGGGAAGAUGCCUUUUUAUCCUUUCAUUCUUGGAAACAGUACCUCUUAGUCAUUAGCUGAAAGAAGUAGCAAUGUUUCGACUGUGACAAUUGAACUCCUACUGUAGAUUGACUAUUCAAGAGGAAGUGACACAUUCAUUCUCUUGUUUACCUUUUAAUCACACAAACCCAAUAAAGGAGAGGAUUAAAAUUUAGCACCCAUUUGCAAAAAUUGUACAUUUCAUGCUGAAUGAUUCAGGAGAUUUUUAAUUGGGAUGUUCAUGUGCCAAAUCCUGAACAACACCUACCAAGAGCAAUCACUAGUCUGGAAGUAAAAAAAAAAAAAGUGAUUCAUUGCACAUUCACAGUACAAAAGCUUGACUGAAAACCAAAACUAUUUUAAUUGUCUUGGAGAUAACAUUAGCCUGGUGGGAAUUGUUGAUGGUGUUCAUGUGUGAAACAUAUGUUUGCGGUUUUUAAACAUAAAAAUGUACAUUAAAAACAUGUCUUUUCUGCUUUAAA